AUGGAUUAUUCGUUAAGAGGAACCUUCCGGAUUCGUGGUCAUUUUCCAGCAAUAAGAAAUGAAGAUAUGGCAGUAUUGGGUACACAAGUGAAGAGGGAAGAAAUCAAGGUUGCACUUUUUGAAAUGGCCCCCAACAAGGUACCUGGAGUAGAUGGUCUGCACGCAGCCUUUUUUAAAUCCCAAUGGGAGGUGGUGGGUGAUUCUGUAUGCUCAAUGAUUCAGAGAAUAUUCAAUGGUGCGCCAAUUGAACCAGAGCUUAAUCGCACAUCCAUUGUUUUGAUCCCUAAGGUUCCAAAUCCAAAAUUUAUAACAGAGUUUCGGCACAUUAGCCUAUGCCCUGUCUUAUAUCGGUUGGUGACUCGGGUGGUGGUAAAUAGAUUGAAAGGUGUGCUCAAAUAUGUCAUUGCACCUAAUCAAGUCAGUUUUGUUCUUGGGCGGUGCAUCACAGAUAAUAUUAUUAUUGCACAAGAGUGUAUUCAUACGAUGCAGAAUUGCAAAAGAAAAUAUGGUUGGAUGGCAAUUAAGGUGGAUUUGGAGAAAGCAUAUGAUAGGCUAAGAUGGGAUUUUGUGGAGGAUACAUUAAGUGAUUUGGGGGUCCCGAGUCAGCUAGCACGAGUUAUUAUGGAACGGCAAAGCAACAGAGGAGUUCAAACCGAGCCGUGGAAUUAG